CACCUGUAAAUGAGCAUGUCUAUUAUUUAUUGCUCGAAUUAGCACAACCAUGUCGGCGACCGUGUUUCCAUAUACCCGGCGAAAUUCGUACCUUUCUACAACCACAACGUCCACGUGGCGUGCCGAACGGCGAAAACAUGCCAUGGGUAAAGGGGCAGUGUUGUUCACAGGCCCUGAUGGAAUCGAUGACUACAGGGUAAAUGUGGUACGUGAUGGCCGUCAUGUUGGUAUCGGGACAAUGUCCAGGGAAGGAAGCAGUGAAUUAAAAUAUCUAUAUCGUGCCGCCUUAAGAACACCACAUCCAAGACCCAAAUCAUCUCAAGUAGGCGAGAUAGGGUGGGGUAUUCCUUCAUACACUGACAGACGUUUACUUAGAACUGGUAUGCAAAUCAAGACUGGUGAAUUUCGACAAGCUGCCGAAGACAGACACACACAUCUUUAUCAAAAUCCAUGGUAUCCACCACCACAAAGAAGUGCAUCACAGGCGAGCCAGUCACCCCUUCUUCCAUAUCGCCCCAAAACUGUACAUGAUUUCCGUCAAAAUGAUUCUCAUCAUCAUCAUCGUUCUUCUCAUCCACUUUCAAGACCCUCUACAGCAUCUACUAGUCGUAGUAAUAGAAUUAGUUCACAACUGAAGGCUACAGAUUAUCACUACCAAAUAUCUCCAGUACCGGACUACUGAAUUAUAUCUUGCUGAUUGUCCCCCUCCUCCCCCUCCUCCUCCUCCUCCUCCUCAAAUGACAAUAUGACUUUGUUACACUGCAGAUUUUGUUAAUGCCAAGAUUGCUUCUAUUCUACAAUUGUUAAGUACACUUGUUUAGGACAGUGAUCGUCAUGCAGCGUGUAUUCAAAUUAGGGAAUGAACAUUUAUUAUUCCUAGGGGGGGGUCAAUUCUUGGUGCUUUUUCAAAAUAAUCAAUGACCCCUCCCCCCUUUUUUUCCGCUUUUAGAAAAAUGAAAAUAUGUAAACCCCCUCUAUAUAUAUAUAUAUCAAUAAAAGGCGUAAAGAAAAAAAAUUUUGUCUCAAUCUUUAAGAGAAAAAUACCCCCCAGCUAAAAUGUCACCCCCCCCCUAUCGUGUCUUUGGAGAAUAUUCUGACCCCCACCCCUCCCCUCUGUUUUGCCCGACCCCCUCAGGAAUAAUAAAUGGUCAUUCCCUUAUAUUCUAUGCUGUACAAAGCAUGGAGUAAAUAAAUAUGCAAAUUUUCCACAAUCAAUUGAUUAAUGAGUAUUUUACAAAAUUCUCCAACAUAUCUGCAGUGCAGAGGCUAUUAUAUUAAUUAUUGGACCAACAUUUUGAAAAUAUUUUACAUGCUGAAAGUCACAGAUAAAAUGAAUGAAUCACAUCUUGACGUAUUUAUUUUCCACCACCUGCCAGAUAUAAUCAUUAAUUAAUUAGUUAAAUAUCAUUAGUUUAUGUCAGUUAUACCAGAGGUACAUUACUUGGGGUUUGCAACUCGCAUAGUACUGUAUGGUGACAUCAUGUCAAGAUCUCAUUCAAGUCUCUUCUCGUAGAUAGCGAGACUAAGGCUACGACCUUUGACAUGACACAUAUCAAUGUUCAAGGUUUGUAAUGAAAAAAUAAAACUUUUCUUGUCACUAUCAUAGUGAAAAAUGUAAUACAUCGAAAAUGUACAGAAAAUAUAGUUC